AUGGCCAAAAGCGCGAUCACGCUCGCGGCGCCGCCGGCCGACGAGGCCGCGGACGCGCUCCUCUCAACGAAAAAGCUCAUCAAGCCCAAGAAGUCCGGUAGCAUCAAGGGCAUAUUGGUAGGCGCGGCGCUGGUUUCGUUCGCUCUCGGCCUGCUCGCGGCCGUGACGCCGUCGAUGCGCCAGGCUCUCUUUGGAGGAGAUCAGUGGUCCCUGACCGUCGCGGGCGGCCUCGGGAGCAAGCGAGAGUUUCCCCUCCACAGCGUGGACCCGAACUACGUGAGCUUCGUCGUCGACCCGGCGAGCCUCGAGGUCAUCCCGACAUUGUUCUCCUCGGCCUCGUCCAUCAAAAUCUUCGCCUGUUCCGCCAGGCACGAAACAUGCGCGAAGCCCGCCGUCCCGCGGCACGCGCAACCGCGCACGAGUCCCUCCUUUGUCUUCCAGUGGAGGGCCUGCGUGCAGAUGAAGCACGUCUGGCCCUUUGUGUCGUCCGCGCAUUUCGCGACCGCGACCGCGACGGCCUCCUUGUAUUUUUUUUCGGCGUAG